CUAGUUCUUCCACUCUAACAGACCUAGGUCUACUCCUCUGAAUACCUGUCAUUUUUUUCAUACUUUUUUUCUUCCUUAUCAAUUUCCGUGUACUUCUCUUAACACAAACUCAUCCAUGUUUCUUGUUUCUCUUUGCAUUGAGACCUGAGGACCUGGCUGCCUGAAGUUUAACUGAGGUUUAAUUUUAGGAUAAUUGGGCAGUCCUUUCAGAUAAUUUAUUUCUAUUGGUUUCAGAAAUCCAUACAAAAUAGUAUACAGGUGUGUGUAUUUUGAGCACAUUAUUGUUAAAGUAAAUGGCGACUUUACAAAUGGUUAUUCAUCAGAUCUGUCUCCGUGGCCAGGUAUGGAUCAGGUGAGGUGGCAGAGACGGACAGAGUCUUGUUCACUAAUCUGAUAUGAUCAUAAACUUGUAACCAACUGAGACGAGCAGUUUAUGAUGACUGGUGUAAUGGCAACCAACAUCUUCUGUACUGAGUGAAUAUGUGCUGGAGAAAGGGUAAAGCAAGACAAAGGGAGAUGGAUGGAGGAAGGGAGAAACUGCUUUAACUGGGCUUUGAAUGAGGGCUGGGUAAGGGAAAAACGGGAAUGAGGUUUAUGGGUAAAUUCUCUGUGGGUUGUCUCUUGUCCAGGCUGUGUGUGUGUGAUGCAAAAAUGAUUGCUACUUAAUUCUUGCUACUGUAUUUCACUCACUAGAGGUGGACCGAGUGUGUGUGUGUGUGUGUGUGUGUGUGUGUGUGUGUGUGUGUGUGGUUGGUUCCUCAGGCUUUGCCAUGCAGUCAUGGAAAAGGACCCUGUCUCUCAGCGAGCCAUGUGCAGGCAUGGAGAGGAGUGCCUGACCUCAUCACAUUCUGAUCUCAUCUGCAGACUGAUGGAUUCAGUUUCCAUGGGAAAUGAGCCAAUUCUAACCCAGGACACAGAGAAGGAGAGGCUUUGCGAGUUAAAGAGAAUCAAGUCUCAGAUCCGGGAGCUACGGAGCCACCAGACGCAGCAGGGCAGAGAGCUGCACGGGACAGACUCCAACUCAGGCAUGGUUCUGGUUCUGGACUCCCUGGUGAGGGAUGAAGUCCCGGGCCCUCUGCUGACCCGCCCACCGACCCGGGACCAUGUGACAUCAUCAGAGCCGGACGUGGUCCUAUCUCACCGCCAGCGUUCUGACUCGACAUCCUCAGAACGCAGCCUGGCCUCCAGGCCCCGUCUGGACUCUGGAGCCUCAGAGAAGAGUCUGGGUCUGGGCUCAGCCUUCCGGACCAGGGUGGACUCUGGAGCAUCAGAAAAGAGCCUGGGCUCAGCCUUCAGGACCAGGUUGGACUCUGGAGCAUCAGAAAAGAGCCUGGGCUCAGCCUUCAGGACCAGGGUGGACUCUGGAGCAUCAGAAAAGAACCUGGGCUCAGCCUUCAGGACCAGGUUGGACUCUGGAGCAUCAGAAAAGAGCCUGGGCUCAGCCUUCAGGACCAGGGUGGACUCUGGAGCAUCAGAAAAGAGCCUGGGCUCAGCCUUCAGGACCAGGGUGGACUCUGGAGCAUCAGAAAAGAGCCUGGGCUCAGCCUUCAGGACCAGGGUGGACUCUGGAGCAUCAGAAAAGAGCCUGGGCUCAGCCUUCAGGACCAGGGUGGACUCUGGAGCAUCAGAAAAGAGCCUGGGCUCAGCCUUCAGGACCAGGGUGGACUCUGGAGCAUCAGACAGAAGCCAGUGUUCCGCCCACAGAGGCAGACUGGACUCUGGGGCCUCAGAGUCCCACUUCAGACAGAGACUGGACUCUGGCACAUCAGACUCCAGUAUGGGACCGCCAGCCCCCCUGGGCUCUGAGACCUCCGACGGCGCAGGGCUCCUGUCACGGAAACGGUUGGACUCAGGGACGUCUGACCUGAGCGUGGGCGUGUUGUCUGUGGGCCGGAGCCGAGUAGAGCAGCCAGAGGUGACCAUGAGUAGCUCCUCCUUCAACACAGACUCCGAGGCUGAAAGCACCAACCACCAUCCAGACCAGCCCCAUCAGGACAGCACCACUACCAACCAUUAUCAGCCUGAUGGGGCCGUCCUAUUCAGGAAAGCCCCAGACUCCCACAGUGGCCUGCUCAAUGGCAGUGCCAAGGAAAGAGGAGACAUCCAGGAACAGAAGGUCAGAUAUACUUUACUCACUCCUCUCAGAAAAUCAAAUGAUGCAGUUCCUGAGAAGAAAGAGCCGGUUGUCUUGGCCCCGUUCGGCCGGGCUAACUCUGUGCGGGACCGUAUGCGUAAGUUCACGGAGCCCAGUCCCAGUGUCCCGGUCCUGAAGAGGGGCUCUCAGUCUCUGAGGAACGCGACAGCCCCCAGUGCCCGAGUCCUAGGCAGAGUCACCCAGCUGAGUGAGGGGCCAGCAGCAGGGACAGCCAAGCAGACAGCAGUGACCAAAGUAGUAUCCAUCACCACCCCUACAGACAGACCCGGGAGACCCCAUGUAGGCUCUACAUCCUACUCUUCAUCCGCCUCCUCCUCAAAGAACCAUGUCCAAUGCCAGGGCACAGUUCAUCCAGGGGGCGUGGCCACCAAACCUCUGCAAAGCGCUGCUCAAUCCUUGAACGCUGUAGGCGGGGCAAAGCAGGCGGCUGAAAAGCUGUGGCACGCCUCGGGCGGCUCAAAGGAAGACAAGACCCCAGGGAGAGCAUCUGCACAGCGGGACAGCAAGGGAGCAGCAGACCCCGACAUGAAGACCUUCCUAACUAUCGAGAUCAAAGAUGGGCGCACCACCACCUCUUCAUCCUCUAGAGGCAACCUGGCCCCACGCAUCUCCACCAACCCCAUAGGUCAGAGAGCAGAAUUGACCCUGGGCCUCAGAGCGACCCCCUUCAAGAUGUCCUCCUCCAGCCUUACCUACGGCUCCUCUUUCAAGAUGGCCUCAGAGCCCAUGUUGGCAGUGGAGCCCUCAGUGCGGGUGGCCUGCUGUCAGCCCCCGGCUGCUGUACCCAACGGCUCCUAUGCGCCACCUCGGGACAAAUUCGAAGAGUGCUCCAGAAAACUGACCGCAGAACAGCUGGCCGCCAUCGACGAUGAGGAGCUCCUGGAUAAAAUGCUGGAUGAGUCAAAGGACUUUGAGGAGAGGAAGAUGAUCCGACAGGCCAUGAGAGAUCUGCGUAAGAGGAAGAGAGAGGCCGAACUGGGAUGUACUCAAGAGGAAAUAGACCAGAGAGAAAAGGAGCGGGAGUUUCGUCUUGCGGAGCUUCGGCAGCAGAGAGUGGAGCAUACUCAGAAGGGUCGUACGGGAGGAGGAGCUGGAGAGGUCGUCAUGAGGAAGGUGGAGAUGUCAGCUGAUGGCUCCACCCUCAGCCAAGUCACCAAGACAGACCGCUUUGCCCAGUCUGGUGAUGGCAGCAGGACAGCUCACAGCACCAUCAUGGAGGCCAGUUAUGUGAAGAAAACAGACGUGGGGACAGUUCAGUCCAAGUCCUACAGCUGCUCCUCCUCUACCUCCAGCAGCAGCUCCACCAGGAAAGUGGGCAGUGUGUUUGACCGCGAGGACGACUCGGCGUCCCGUGCUGCGGAGCGCCGGCAGGCAGAGAAGCGCAAGGAGCUGAUGAGAGCCCAGACUCUGCCCAAGAUGUCCGCCGCACAGUCCCGCAAAGCCAUGAUCGAGAAACUGGACAAGGAGAGCGGAGGGCCAGGAAAUAAAGCAGUUGCCAAGGUGAACACAGUCCAGCGCUCGGCUAGCUGCGUGGUGCCCAAUGCCAACUCCAUCAAACAGAUGCUCCUGGACUGGUGCCGCGCCAAGACCCGCUCAUACCAGAAUGUGGAUAUCCAGAACUUCUCGUCCAGUUGGAGUGAUGGCAUGGCGUUCUGUGCCCUGGUCCAUAACUUCUUCCCAGAGGCCUUUGACUACUCCUCUCUCACCCCUGCCAACCGCAGACACAACUUUGAGGUGGCCUUCAGCACUGCAGAGGAAUGUGCCAACUGUAUGCCCCUGUUGGAGGUAGAGGACAUGAUGAUCAUGGGGAGGAAGCCUGACUCCAAGUGUGUGUUCACCUAUGUGCAGUCACUGGUCAAUCACCUGCGCAGGCACGAGAUGAAACUCGCCAAACUCCAGGGCACCAACCUCUGAUCUGCUCACUGUACAUCUUCCCCCAUCGCACCCCUCUCCUGAGCCCUGGUCCUGAACACCACCCAUGUCCCAAAAGACAGCAGCCCCGACUCUGAGUGAGGGGUGUUACUGAUUUGCACAUCUCUGAUGGCCAACAGGGUGGGGAGUGUGUAGGUGUGAUUAUCCAUCUUAUGAUUAUCUAUGUUGAUCGUGGUGGCAUGCCAGACAGAUAAAUUCCCUUCAUCUGAACACAUUUGUUUAGGCUGUGCGAACCUUCCCGUCUUAAUAGAGCAUCUUUAAGCUUUAAUUGAUAUUUUAUACUGAUAUUUAGUUGUACAGCCUAUCAGUCACAAGGCAGUUCUAUACAUGGUUUGGAAGUCUGAAGAUUUAGCACCAACAAAACCCUACAUUAAAUGUACAUGAUAGGAAUUUUACUGUAUUCCCUCACCCACAUAAAUGCCUACAUUUUUUUAGUUUUCUGUUACAAUUGCAAGAUGUUACUCAAGCUGUUGGCGAUGAUGAAGAAAACAAAUAUGAUAUGAGGCAUUGCUAAUAUUCCUUCAGUCCCCACUCUGGUACUGUUAAAGGUGUUACUAAAUCUGCUAAACACAUCUAUUUGAAUUGUUUUAAAUAGUGCUUGGUAUGGAGGGAUGUUCAUUAUUAUUUGAUGGGUGCUUAUAUUUAUCCUAUUACACACACGUACAAGUAUUUAUUAAUACGCAUGUGUGAAUUAGAUUAUUUUUUGCAUAUCACAACUCUCCCUAAGACAUCCUCAAGAAAGUGGGAUCGCGGCCAGGGUCUGGACCCUAGACCAAUUAGGAUUAAAUGCCUUGCUCAAAGGAUCAGACAGAUUUUUCACCUUGUUGGCUCGAGGAUUUGAACUACCGACCUUUCGGUUACAAACCCAACACUCUAACCCAGGGAUGGGCAACUCUAGUCCUCAGGGGCCGGAGUGGUGUCACUUUUUCUCCAUCCCUAUCAAACACAGCUCAUUAAACUAACUGCAUUCUAUACUGAAGAUCAUGAUUAGUUGAUUAUUGGAGUCAGGUGUGUUUGCUGAAGCAAAAGUGUGAAACCAAUCAGGCUCCCAAGGAUUGGAGUUGUCCAUCCUUACUCUAACCACUAAGCUAGCUGCCGCCCGAUGUUAUUCCGUAGCUGGCAUUAUGAAAUUGGCGGAUCCGUCUCUGCAGCACUAACAUAGCAGGUGUAAAGAAACGCCUGAGAAGGUUCUACAGAAACCAGAAUCAUCUGGUUCAGGCUUUCUCUUCUCUGCUUUUCCCCUGAAAACCGUAUGCUUCCAGGUUCUGCCGACCAACUGAAGGUGAUGCAAAACCGAUAUCUGAAUCUACAACUGAGGUUGAAGCCAGACUAGGUUGUGAUUGUAGUUAUGAAACUAUAAUUGAAUAUUUACAUAAUUUUGGUCUGUGGAGAAACACCAGUGUUGAAAAGUAGGUUCCAAGUUCCUCUCAGACAGGUAAAAUCACACAUUGGUGUUUCUAGAUUAUCACACCUUUUCUCCUUGUCCUUGCCGCUGUUCGCUACAUUGGGGUUUAAAAAAAAUCUUGUCAUGGGGUUGUCACAUUCACACUGCCAGCAUCAGCCCACCCAACAAACACACAGCUCUUUAAUUAUGCUUGGGUAACAUUUUUGUUGGUAGUCAUACCAUAUGCUUUGAAGUUGUGUUUCAUGAGUCCAUCUAUGAAAAUGUUUGUACAGGCUAUAGGUUAUGGUAAUGUCAGUAUUUGUGGGCUCCCGAGUGGCGCAAGGCACUGCUUCUCAGCUCUAGAGGUGUCACUACAGACCCUGAUCGAUUCCAGGCUAUAUCACAACCAGCCGUGAUUGGGAGUCCCAUAGGGCAGCGCACAAUUGGCCCAGCGUUGUCCGGGUUUAGCCGUCAUUAUAAAUAAGAAUUUGUUCUUAACUGACUUGCCUGGUUAAAUAAACAUUUGAAUAUGAAAGGGUUUGUUAGAGGCCAACCAAUCAAAUGUAUUUAUAAAGCCCUUCUUACAUCAACUGACGUACAGAAACCCAGCCUAAAACCCCAAACAGCAAGCAAUGCAGGUGUAGAAGCACGGCGGCUAGGAAAAAGUCACUGGAAAGGCCGGAACCUAGGGGAACCAGCCAACUUCCCUUCUCUAAAUUCUUGGGCUCAGUUCAUUAUGACAGACAGGAGAAUAUUAUUGAUAAAGGCUGAAUGUUCUUUAUUGCCCAUGUAUAUUUUCUGAAUUCUAGCUAACUAAAAAUGUUUUAUGGUUUC